AUGAGGAGCGAGGCUGCCGCCCAUGAUGCCUAUGGCGGUGCAGGUCCUUUGGAGAUGGGCGUCACAUGGACUCUGGCCCUAUUAACAACCUUGGCCGUCGCUGCUCGAGUCUACGUAUCGUUUGCGUUACUCGAGCGUCGAGACUGGGAUCUCUAUUGGGUGACUCUGGCGUUGGUUACUGCCCUCUGUGGCCAGGGCAUGCAGACAGCAGCAGCUCUCUAUGGUAUUGGCAACCAUAUCGAGCUCCUGACCAAAAGCGACAUCGUGCAGGCGUUGAAGUGGGACUGGCUUGGUCGAAUGAUAGGCGUCUGGGCCAGCUUCUUCGGCAAGAACGUUGUCAUUGCACUGAUGCUCCGCAUCCAAGGCCAGAAAAAUACAAAGAAGGCGCUCUUCCUGCAUUCCAUCUGGGUCAGCAACCUCCUGCUUACUAUCGCACUCGUGACGGUGCUCUGUCUGCGGUGCAAUCCAACUUCCUUGUGGUGGAACAAAGCGCAGCCUGGGUCGUGCGACAGGAUUUCUUCUAGUUUUACGGAGGUCUUAGGCCUCUUCCAGAGCUCCUGGACUACGGAGGUCUUAGGCCUCUUCCAGAGCUCCUGGACGACGGCUUCAGAUUUUGCGAUUGCGAUCUACCCAGUCUUUAUAUUUUGGAAUCUGUCGAUGUCUUGGCAACGCAAAGCAGGCAUCUGUGCUAUCAUGGGCGCCGGUAUCAUCGCAGGUAUCGUCAACAUCUUCAAGACCAUUCAAGUGCAGCUAGCACAUUCGAACAAAGACGUCACGUACGAUCUGGCGAGUUUGCUUAUCUAUACCCAGGUUGAGCCCUGGUAA